AAUUAAUGCCCUCCUCAAAACAUUUGGUGACCCCGACGUGAUCGCGUAAAAAAUCGUUUUCGUUAAAAUAAAAGGUGAAAAGUGCUUAUAUAUAGUUCGUAUGCUCACACAAUACAAUUGCAUAUCGUUGCAUCGCUAUUGAACUUUAUCGGUAAAUUCGAGUACAUAGCAUCUCUUUAUAUAUUUGUGCACUAGCAUAUAGUUGCAGCCCUUUUAUAUACUUUUCGUGCAAAUUGUGUUUGUGCUGUUGGUUUUGGUGGUCCGAUAGAACCGUUAGCUCGCGGUCAGUGAACGCCAAGCUUGGCUCCGCUAUUCUUUCGUUCUCUAUUCUCUGCGUUUGGUACAGCUGCAUCGGUCGCAAACCCAAGGUGACAUUUGAAUACUCUUUUUGAAAAUAAAAUGGCAGAGAAUGAUUCGGUAACUGCGUGCCCAUCCGGGGCCAAUAGUGAUUUUGACUUUUAUAAAGCCAAAGCGGACUCGGUUUUUCGACAGCUAGUGGCUUUAAAUGACUUUUUCGGUUCAGAAGAGGCGUCUCAUUUUGACGAGGCCGACCUUCAAGUCAGGCUUGAGCUUAUUGAAAAAAUGCAAGAUAAUUUUGAUAAGUCUCAAACAGCUGUCGAAAGGCUCAAUCUACUAGAGCUGGCUAGUGAUGUGCGUGCAAAAUUCCUAAACAUUUAUUGUGCGGUGAAAUCCAAAAUAUCUCGCGAACUAGCAAAACUCCGCCGAGUGUCAGUGAUAAAUUCGACUGCACUCCCAAAUUUCAACAUCGAGCAGGCUUCAACCUCCAGGGCUGGUGUCCGGGCCACUAGGCUGCCUGAGUUUAAGCUGCCACGAUUUGGAGGCGCUUAUAUGGACUGGCCAGAUUUCUACGCUAUGUACACUACAGUCAUCGGCAACAACGAGGACCUGACCAAUUUGGAAAAAUUCCAGCAUCUACGCUCCUGUUUGGAUGGCCCCGCGUUAGACACAAUUCGCUCGCUGGAGCCAACAGAGGCCAAUUAUGAGAAGGCAGUCGACCUAUUGACUGCUAGGUUUGAUAACAAACUUUUGCAUUUUCAGGGGCACAUACGAUCUAUUUUCAGGCUUUCUAGUGUGGUGAAAGGGUCGGCAAGGAGUUUGCGGCAAUUGAGCGACGGCAUCAACUCUCAUCUGCGAGCCCUUAACACAAUGGCAACCACCCAGGAGAUUGCGGAUGGAAUGCUCAUAUCCCUGGUGUCCUCCAAACUGGAUCAGAAUACCCAGGAGAAGUGGGAAGAGGGAUUGCCUACCAAUAAGCUGCUAAAAUGGACGGAUAUGGCUGCCUUUUUGGAGAAGAGAUGUCGGAUGAUGGAAAACAUUGAAAAUGCUAUGGUAACCCACACACCUAGCAACCAGAAUCGCGCAGAUUCAAGAAAGGACCAAGGAUAUGGCUUGGCAUCAUAUAUCGACCCACUACAACCCGGCUGACAUAUUAUCCAGAGGAUGUACUCCGCUCGAACUUUUGGAUUCGACGCUGUGGCGUGAGGGCCCACCAUUCCUGCGGACAGACGAAGCUUGCUGGCCGCCUCAUACGCCUACUCUAGUAGAUGUGCCUGAACGCCGCCGCCUCGCGCUGGUGCUGACGCAAAGCCAGGAUAUUUCGUAUGGCUGCAAGUUUCAAAAUUGUUUUGGAAAGCUGCAGCGAGUCUUUGGCUACAUACAUCGGUUCCUAAUGCUAAAAGCCAAGGAUGAGCCACGACGGCGAGGACCUCUUACAGUAGACGACAUCAAGGGAGGCACGCAUCUGCUCAUCAAGGGAAUCCAGCUCAUCAACUUUGCUGAGGAGUAUAAGGCCCUGCAAUCCGAAAGGCAGAUUUCCUCAAAAAGCAAGCUGUACUCGCUGCAUCCAAUCUGCGAUGAAUCGGGACUUAUUCGAGUUGGCGGUCGGCUGCAGAAUUCAUUAUUGGAUUAUGAUGCAAAACACCCAAUUUUGCUUCCCAAGGAUCAUCCAGUCACGUCAGCAAUCAUAGCUCACUAUCAUUUGAAAUUUCUUCACUCAGGCCCGCAGAGCUUAUUGGCGGCCUUACGGCAAAGGUUUUGGCCAAUUGGUGGUCGAAAAAUAGUCGCCGCCACUAUCAACAAAUGCAUUCGCUGCUUUCGAUUAAAGCCCAAAUUAGCUGAGCACAUCAUGGCCCCCUUGCCAUCCAACCGCGUGCAGCCAAGUCGACCAUUUGUCACAGUGGGAAUCGAUUUCUGUGGUCCUUUCUACUCCAAGUCUGAAGUCAGAAACCGGCCACCCGUCAAAUGCUAUAUCGCAAUAUUUGUUUGCUUCGCCACUAAAGCCUGCCAUUUGGAACUGGUGGAGGAUUUGUCUGCGGCUUCAUUCAUCGCUGCCCUCAAGCGCUUCAUAAGCCUAAGGGGCAAGCCUGGCACAAUAUGGUCCGAUAACGCUACAAACUUCGUUGGAGCCAAAAACGAGCUGCUGGAACUGAGGCAACUGUUUCUCGCCGACCCUCAAAACAGCGAUCUUCAGCAGGCCUUCGUUUCCAUCGGGAUCAAAUGGCAAUUUAUUCCACCUCGUUCGCCUCAUUUCGGCGGCCUAUGGGAGGCUGCCGUCAAAUCUGCAAAAUAUCAUUUUCAUCGGGUCGUUGGCAACACUAUUCUCUCAUUCAAUGAGCUUCGCACUUUAGUUUAUGAAAUUUCAGCGAUGCUUAAGUCUCGACCG